AUGAAAACAGUUUUCGUUGUGCUAGGAACAUUGAUUAAUUUUGUGAAUGCUGACACAUUUAGUGAUUUCGAAAAAGAAUACGAAAAAAGUUAUGAGGAUGAUUACGAGAUUGAAGAUGCUAAACAGUCUUAUGACAUGAAUUGUGCAUUUAUUGCUAUAAUAAAUUCAAGAUCAGGACAAAGAUAUAAAUUAGGAUUAAAUGAAUUUGCUGAUAAAGGUUUUGAUAAAUUUAAAGAAGAAUCUUUAGGUGCAAAAUCUCCAAGUAGUUCCUCGGAUCGUGGAAACAAAGUGACAUUUUCGAGCAAUUCAAACUCAAACAUACAACUAAUACAAGCAGAAGGUGGAAUUGGAAAUUACACACCAGUUACUGCGCCCCCAGCUGUUGACUAUAGAAACUAUUCAUUAGCGAUAUUAAAUCAGAAAAAUUGUGGAUCGUGUUGGGCUUUUACUGCAUUGGGAGUUUUAGAAAGUAGAAUGACGAUUCUAAAUCCUCUCUACAAUACUGUUUUAUCCGAGCAAUAUUUAUUAGAUUGUGACACUCGUGACUAUGCAUGCAAUGGUGGUUGGCCAAUGAAUGCAUUAAACUGGAUAUUUCAAUCAGGUGGAAAUUCAGUUCCUGCAAUGACGAGCUAUCAAUAUUUUGGUUUUAAAACAAAAUGUAGAACAGUAACAAAAAUUCCAAUGAACAUAAUUGCAACAAUUCAAAAUUAUACAGCAGGCAAUGAAGGAACUAUGAAGCAAAUUGUAGCAAAUGUUGGUCCUGUGGCUGUUGUAGUUUCAGUUACGUCUUUUUUUCAAUUAUACAAAACUGGAAUAUUUUAUGACGCAACAUGCAAUAGCAAUUGUGGAAGUGUUAAUCAUGCCGUCAUUAUUGUUGGAUAUGGAACUGAUCCAGUCACAAAUUUAGAUUAUUGGAUUGUUAAAAACUCUUGA